CUAACUGAACCACUGAUGGCUUUAAGAGUGGAAGAGAGUGCCUCACUCCUUACAGAAACAGAUUACUGAAACAACACUACAUUCACUCACACACUUCAUUGAAAGCUACUAUUUGUAUAUAUUCCCAUUAAAAUGUGGCUCUGAUAUCACAGUUUUAAAAAGGCAGCCAUCACAAAACCAAAAAAAUGACUUCCUGGUUGGCCGCACUUCCGGGGCUGCGUGGACAUGCAUAUUUAACUAGGCAUGAUCACGCCUUCAGCUAACUCUUACGAGUCUAUAAUAUGUAGAAACAGCGACGCCAAUAGAAACUAGGGAGUACAUAUCGGGUGUACAUCAGAACCAGGAAAUACAAUUUUUUCGAUCAACAGACAUGCUCAGUUGUGUCCUUGGCCACAUGCCUAAAUCACGUGUACAACGAGGAUCGCGCAGACAGGCUAAAACAAAUAAUACAUUAAAAAUUAAUAUCUUUGUCUCUCUUGAGGGAAAAUAUAUUUUAACUACGAAAAAAAUAAUAAGUGAUUUUUCUUCCUAAUAUAAUGCACGGAGUUAACAUCAAUAUUUGAGUGGAAGUAUUUUAUUUUUGCUGUCAAAAAUGAAUGGAGCCCAAUGGGGAAACUUGCUUUUUAAACGAAAGUCAUUUAUAUAUCAGCAGGGGGCGACAUUACAUCGGGUGCCCCGUGUCCUGUGUACGCUCUAUGGUCUCUGCUUAAAUUGUACGUUAUCGUCCUAACUACUGCUAGUGUGCAUCAGGGUAAACAUUUGUACGUGUAAUUAUAGAUUUGCAAUUUUAGUGGGUUUUUGAAGAACUUUCUGGCAUGUAACCGAUAAUAGCUAAUAGCAAUAUCUAAAGAUGAGAAAUAGUAAACAGGACAGGCAUUGAUGUAAGUAGCCUAAAGCAAAUUGUGCCACCAACUGUCAAUAUGGAUCCGGUUUCAAUCCUUGUAGGCUCAAUAAAUUCAUUGGGAUUUGUUAUUCGGAACAAAAGAAAAUAAAGGUCUGCAACUUUGGCGUCAUCCUUCCGCCACGACUCCUCCCAACUCCCAUUUCGUGUUUAAAAAAAAUCUAAUUCGGAUUUAAGUGCUUAAGAUAGCCAUUAAAUCUUUAGCACCCUGGGUAUUCCUUGGACUGAGGGUCAUUACAGCCGGACAAGGAGCAAAAAAGAUCUUUGCGCGCUUCAUUGGAGUGUGUCCGUCUCGAGGACAAUGGCGUAAACAAUAAAGAAACGAGGAAGGGGGUGGGCGCGAGGAGGAAAAAGGGUGGGAAAGGAAAAAACAAUGCGGGAGAGAUUCCCCUGUUGCGUUUCAAAUUGAAAAGGCUGAGCGCUAUUUACUAUUGUGCGAUUAUUCCCCUUCAGUUUAUUCUUAACCAUGGUAGAACCUGUAGGGGGUGUACAAUUUUAAAGAAGUUCUUCAUAAAUCUAGCCACUUUUUAUGUCUACUUACUAGGAUAUAGUUUGACUACCAUUUUGUCCUAUCGACGCAAUACAUCAAUCAAUUUCUGUUGUCAGUUAGCCUAUUUUGUCGAUUUUGCUUUUCAGUCUGAAAAUAUUCACUAACUAGAGAUUAAAGGCUACGCGGCACGUAUAAUGAAUAAAGAAUACGGUAAACUAUUAAAUCCAAAAUAUAAGGAAUUGUUUUUAAAACAUCUACAUUGCCUAUAUACAGCCUAUAGGCCGGAUAACUCGGUGGUUAGGCGUAGGCCACGUCUAUCAGUAGCCAGUCACUGUAUUUUACGAUGGACUUGUUAUACAUUUUAAAAUCGUAUCACUUGUUACUAUUUAUCCAACGGUAAUCUGGAAUUUUCUCAUGCAACCAAAUAGGCUAUGUCAUGUAUUGCUAGGCCUACUUUUUUUGCAACAUUAAAUUAAAACGGGAUAUAUACAGCACUAUGAAACCAUGGAAUAGGCUACUUAUUGCGCAUACACAGUACAGUGGGUUGUAAAAAUUAUCAAUCCAACGUUGUAGAUGCAAAACUGAAGAUAAGGACAUAGGCCCCAUAAACGCCUUUUCAAUGUUUAUGUAAUCAGAAGAAUGUGAUUUCUUGAGAUUUUAGCGAACCUAUUUUUGUAAUCGGUGGCACAUGGCAGAACUGUCUUUCUUUAUGGCUGCCUUUAAAAUUCCUUUAACAUGAUGAAAUCAAUGAAUUGAAGACAGGCCGCACAGGUCGGAUUCUGUUAAUCCUUGCAAAUUUCAGUAGCGGUCAGUAGCUACUCGCCAGUUUUGCUCCUCGGUUAAACCACAUGCGCGUUACUCUAUCCUACUUCCAUUCAUCCAUGGCUUGACAACGGGACAUGAAGACAAACACGUCCCUCCGGGCUGUGGGAAAGUGCGGGGCAGAAAGCACCCAUAUAUUGUUAUGCAAAUUGUAAUAGGGAGGCGGAUUCAGUGCGCAUACAUAUAGACCGCUGUUCCCCAUAUAUAUUUUACUUUUUCCAUCUCAGAUCGAUCCAGGACAUCAAACACAACAGCCUUCAGUGAAAGGCGCAUAACGUGUCAAGGAACACUGUAGGACACAAAGGGAACACUUAGGUGAUCAAAAUCACCUACAUUUUGGAAUGACAGCAUCCAGUAUGGGUAGUCUUUCAGAAAGGAAUUUCAACGCGAAGGAAGAGAGGAAGCUGCGGAAGCCCUUGAUUGAAAAGAGGCGCCGGGAGCGAAUCAACUGCAGCCUGGAGCAGCUGAAGGGUAUCAUGGUGGAUGCCUAUAAUCUUGAUCAAUCAAAGCUGGAGAAGGCAGAUGUCCUGGAGAUCACAGUACAGCACAUGGAAGGUCUGCAAAGGGGUCAAGGGCCAGGUAUCCAGGUUUCAAACAGCUGUCCAGGGUGCAGCUUGGGGCUGGAAUCUCACCAGCGUUACAGCCGUGGUUAUAUCCAGUGCAUGCAUGAGGUGCACAAUCUUUUGCUUAACUGCCCUAGCAUGGACAAGACCUUGGGUGCACGCCUGCUCAACCACCUGCUCAAGUCUCUCCCUCACAUCAGUGCAAAGACCGUCAGCACUUCUAACACCAGCAACAAUGACAUUAUUGGUAGCAUGGGCAACUGCAGCCCCCUCCCAGCCUCUGCAACUCAUUGCCCACUGUCACUCCCCUUAGCAGCUUUCCAGCCCAACCCCCUGAACCCCCAAACUUCUCCUUCACCACCCCCACCCCCGUCCCCAUCUCCAGCUAGCCCCCAGCUCUCCCCCAGGUCCCACGAGGCAACAGAGGGUAGUGGUGGUGGCAGGGAAGUUAUGCCACCCUCCACCCCUAACUCUCACUCCCCCAUCCUCCACUCAGGCCUACUUCUUCCUGUCUUACCCCUAUUAAUCCCAGGAGGAGAUCCCUCCAUGUGGAGGCCAUGGUAAAAAGGCCAUUGGAAAAGAAAAAAAAUCCGCUAGACCGUAGUCUUUCAUCCAGAAAGACUAAGGUCUAGCACGUUUUAACUAGGGUGGAUUCAUCCUUUUUUGAUAAAACGUAUGUUUAUUUUUGGUAAUUAGUGCAUGGGAGACCAGGGCUAAGUGCCUCAAAGUGAAUGUAAUGUAAUGGACUCCAGUUCUAAGUGACCUUAAAAAGAAAUGGACUAUCUUCCAUAAAUUGCAUCUUAUUUUCAGUGAUAUGGUUUGCAGAACAUCCUUAACCUCAAAACAUUCAAGCCUUAAUUUAUGGGGUCAGAACUAGUUGUUUCAACAAUGUAGCUCCCUAUGGAGACCAGUUCUUGGUAUACUGCAUUUGUGUGUGUGUGUGUGUUUUUUUUUUUUUUUGCUUCUAAUGAAGUAAUUCUUACAAAUUACAUUUUCUUUUUUGCAUUUAUAUAUAUUUUCCAGUUAAAUUGAAGAGGGUUUAGAGGAAAAUACCAAGUGUCUUGAGGAAUUUUGAUAGUGGAUUAAUUUGUGACACCUAGAAGACAAACAAGUCAAACAAAUUGCAAUAAUUCAUGUAUGAACAUGGAUACCUACUAUUGUCAAAGUAAUGCACAACUUAGGUAGUAAGGUACCAGUUAACUUUAGACAAUUUUGUGAUUGAAAAAGUGACAUCAGUAGCUUAACUGAUUAUAUCUAAUUUACAGAAGUGACUAUCCACUUAGGGGGGUCACACACUAUGGCAUAAGUAGAAGAGUGGUAAUAUUCUCCCAAGAAAAAGAAGUUGAAAAAACCUCUGCCAUUUAUAUUACAGAAACAGAAGUUUAGCUGGUACCUCAUACUGGAGCAGCCAAUGUUGAAUAUUUCAUGGCGGUAGUAGAUUUGGGUGUAUGGUUUGGCAUUGUGAUUGACUUGACAAUUAUUAUGAAAUUGCUUGUGAGAUACUUUGAAACUAUGUAUGAAUGUCAGAAAAAUAAAUGAAUGAAUAAAUAAAUAAAUAAAUAAAUAAAUAAAACAAUCAUUAUCUGACAGCGCA